GUAACACAAAAAUAGAAAAAAACCUGUUGAUAACGGUUGGUGACAGUGCACAUAACCUUAAAAUUCUAUAACCUAACCUUAACAUGCAUUGUUGAUGUUGAAAACAAACGUUUAAUAAACGACAAAAAUGGGUGAAAACGUAAUAAAACCUGGUGACUAUGUUAUUGUAACGAGACAAGGAUACACAAAACUUCACAAAAUGAAGGAGUUCGGCAACUUGAACCUGGGAAGUUUCAACGUGAAAAUGGACAAUUGUGUUGGUGAAAAAUACUUUACGACCUUUCAAAUGAAAAACACACACAACAAGCGGCAAUACGAGUUGGAAAAAGUCGAGGAAAUCAACGCGGCUACUAAUUUAAAUCCGGAAAAGUCAGGAUCGGACAACCGAAACAUAAUUAACGAUGGACAAUCGCAGACGUUAACCAGAGACGAAAUAGACAAGCUUAAGGAACAGGAACUAAGCUCAAACACAAUUGUGGAGCAUUUGAUAAACAAUUCGCGCACUUUCGAAAUGAAAACCGAGUUCAGCCAGGAAAAGUACAUUAAAAAAAAGGAGAAAAAAUAUUUUGAAUAUAUUCAGAUCAGGAAACCAACCAUCAGACUUUUGGCCCAAAUGUUUUACAGACAAGAUCCAAUUAAAGUGUUAGGUAUCAGAAUCGACGACCUGUCUCAAAUUUUAACGUACGCCAACAUCCAUUCGGACGGAAAUCAUUUAUUGUACGACAGCGGAACGUCCGGUUUAAUGACCGCCUCAAUUAUGAACGCAAUAGGUGCAAACACCGCGGGAAAAUUAAUCCACAUGCACCCGGGAAACGAGUGCCAAAAGAACGCGUUCAUUGCCAUGCAGUUUCCGCAAGAACAAACCGAACGAUGCGUCAACGUCAACGUCUAUUCUGUCCUGAGGCACUUCUAUCAAAAGAAUGACGAACCCGCCACUAAAAAAGCGAAGCUUGAUGAAAAGAAACAACAUUGGCAAAUCGAGAACGAAAAAGCUUGCGAGGUUCUAAACGAAAAGGCCGAUUCGUUGAUCAUAGUCCCAAAGGAACAUCCCUUGAAUAUAGUAAAAGAAUUGAUGGUGUUCUUGAAACCUGGAAGGAACUUUGUGGUUUUCAGCACAGUUAAAGAACCAUUAAUGGAUUUGUUUUUGUACUUGAGAAGUAGGACUGAUGUUGUGGCUAUCAAGUUAUCUAAUAGUUUUUUGCGGAACUAUCAAAUUUUGCCUGAAAGAACGCAUCCACACGUCAACAUGACCACGGGAGGUUUUAUCUUGAGUGCCACUUUGUUGAAUAAUAUCGUUGUACAUUAAAUUUUAUAU